AAGAGAACACACUUCCGCUUCCGGGGCACCCGCCGCGUUCCUUCAGUGCUUUUACUGAAAGGGUUUAUUGAGAUGUUUCUUUGCUUUGACUGGCUUUUGGCAGUUUUCUACCGCUCAAUAACUGCGGCAUUAAAGUUAGUAUUAAGAUCGGAGGCUCUCUAGGGAUGCGAUCUCAAGAAAGAAGUCCGGCCGCCAGGCGCCACCUUAAGAAAAAAUGACCUGGCGGAGCACCACCAGUUAAAGAAGAGAAUUAUGAGAGAUGGGGACGCGAUGGAAGGUAGAGAUUCCCGAAAGCACGUGAGAACUCCAUAGAAGGGGCGGGACUUAGGCCUUUCGGAGCCGAGGGAGGCGGGUUCCACCCCGCGCCGAAUCAGGUGUCUGGACCCGCCUCUGCCUGCGCCUGCGCAGUGCGAACCUUUCUCCUGCUCAGCUUUCUGCUCCAACAUGGAUUUCCGCUCCGCGAGGCAAGCUGUACUGCAGCUACUACGUACGGUGGCUCCCGCAGACCUCCCAGAGCUGAUCCAGUGGAUGCGAACUACCCGAGAUUUUGAUGAAUUCACUCAAGACAAUAAUGACAUUAUGUUGAAAAACAUAGCAGAAGACCUUCGGAAUUGCUUGCCCCUAGAAACCAUGCUUUCCUCAGAACAUCUAGCCCUCCAAAAAAUACAGCAGCAGCCAGAACCCACAGUUCACGUUGAUGCAUUCCUUUAUGAUGAAGACUUUAUUGAUUCAUUAUGUGAGGAAGGAAAAAUGAGCAGAAAUUACUGUACAGUAUGCGGCUCGCACCAGACGGCACCUUUAGGGUUUAUUUCUCAUUCCUUCUCUCUCAUGGAAUUGAAGUUCAUUUAUCAUCAUGUACUCCCUGAUCUGUCGGAAAAGAUCUUGGUUGAUGUUGGCUCCAGGCUUGGCACGGUCCUCUAUGGGGGUUAUCUUUAUAGUUCAGCAUCGCAACUAUAUGGAGUAGAAUUGAAUGGAGACUUUUGCCAAUUGCAGGAAAUGGUCAUUAAAAAAUACCAGUUCACUGACAGAAUAAAGGUGCUUCACGCAGACAUCUGUACGCAGGGCUCACUUCUGCAAAAUGCUGAUAUUAUUAUAAUGAAUAAUGUCUUUGAAUAUUUUCUUAAUGAGGCAGAACAGGCCAGAGCCUGGGACUACAUCAGCCAUAAUGUAAGGAGACGGGGAUCAUUACUAGUGACAGUACCAAGUCUUGAAGAGUCUCUCUCAGGUCUUCAGGUUAAUAUACAGUUAUCUUCCUGGGUUGAUGAAGUACCACUGAACUAUGAUGUCUACCCAGAAAAGGAUAUUGACAGGGAAGCCCUUAAACAAAUACAUUUAUAUAAGAUUCUCUAACACUAAAAUAGUCCUACCUCAGUGUAAUGCUUUGUUGAAUAUAUUACAAAAUAAUGAAAAAGAAACAUAACCCCAGUAUCCUAAGACCUCUUUUUUCUGUUUCCUUUCUGGUCUUUAUACAUAUGCUUACAUAUUUGUAAAUAGUUGUGUGUGUGUCUAUGUUUGCUUUGCAUGAUAAUUUUAUUAAAAUAGUUUAUCUGAAAAAA